ACGAUACAUCACCAGCAUAGUGCAGCACAAACAAAGCUCUCUUCCCUCAUCCUUGUCCAGCUGUGUGAGUUUCAGAAAUUCUCCGUCACUUCCGCCGCCUUCGCCGUGGCCAUUUUCCAGAUUGGGACCUGAUCCCCUUAUCCCCUUAUCUUGUCAUUAUUUCAAGAUCUAAUCUAAGAUUCAUCUCUCCCAAUACUCCCUGCCGUCAAUACCCAAACCAAACACCCCACGCCGUCAUCCGAAGCUAUCAUUCUCCCCCUUUCCGCCUUUUCUAUAACGAUACCCUAAUCAGCAGCCAUAUCCUUCAAACAGCUUCUACCGCCUUUCCUUCCCUUCUCAGCCGCUCUUACCACAUCACCCUCGGGUUCCCCCUCCCCCGCUGAAAAGUCAUCGUCAUCGUCGUCAUAUUCCGCUUCCGCAUCCGACAAACUUUCAUCGCCGAACAAUCCAACCCCUUCGGAUACUGCGUCAUCAACUUCCACUGCGAAUAUGAGCGUUGGUGAGAAGGGUGGAGGAGCCGCAAUGGCUACCGGUGGAGGUCCGGAUGAGUGGCUGGAGAUGGCCAAGAAAUGUAAAUACCUGAGUGAAGGUGAUAUGAAGAGACUUUGCGAGCUUGUGAAGGAAUGCUUGAUGGAGGAGUCAAACAUCCAACCGGUAUCUACGCCCGUCACUGUUUGCGGCGACAUUCACGGCCAAUUUUAUGACCUGAUGGAGUUGUUUCAGGUCGGUGGGGGUCUCCCGGAUAAGGUGAACUAUGUCUUCCUCGGCGAUUUCGUUGAUAGGGGCUACUUUUCCCUGGAGACCUUCACAUUGUUGAUGUGCUUGAAAGCCAAAUAUCCAGAUCGAAUAACUCUGGUCCGUGGCAAUCAUGAGUCCCGUCAGAUAACUCAAGUUUACGGAUUUUACGAAGAGUGUCAGACAAAGUACGGGAAUGCAUCUGUAUGGAAAUCUUGCUGCCAAGUCUUCGACUUCCUCGCCCUUGCUGCUAUUAUCGACGGUAGCGUUCUUUGUGUGCACGGGGGCCUGAGCCCCGAAAUUCGAACCUUGGACCAGAUUAGGGUUGUAGCGAGAGCGCAGGAGAUUCCUCAUGAGGGUGCCUUUUGUGAUCUGGUUUGGAGUGAUCCGGAAGAGGUGGAGACUUGGGCAGUAUCGCCCAGAGGUGCCGGAUGGCUAUUUGGAGAUAAAGUAGCAACGGAGUUUAAUCACGUCAAUGGCCUUACCUUAAUAGCUAGGGCUCAUCAGCUUUACCACUUCAAAAACAAAGACGUAGUAACAGUAUGGUCAGCACCAAACUACUGCUACCGUUGCGGCAAUGUAGCAAGCAUCAUGAAACUAGAACCGGAUCUAAACCCCAACUUCACCAUAUUCAGUGCGGUCCCCGACGACCAAAGGGUUGUACCUGCCGGUAGAGGUGGACGCGGCGAAUACUUUCUGUAGCAAAUUAGGAAUUGGGAUCUGACGAAAUGGUAUAUGAACGCAAAACGGAAGGGAGAAACUUGGGCAGAUGAUACGGUACGGGGGCUUAGGGGUCAAUAUUGAGGGAGUCUUGCAUAAUUUACUUUUUUCGGCUGGUUUGAUUUUGCCUCUUCUGGUUAAUUUCUGCUCUUUUUCCUCAUUACAUAUCAUAUGUCACAAAUUUGGCGGGGAAAUUUGGGAAGCGGCUGGCGAUUGGAUGGUGCCACCGAGGUAUGGAAGGACGAAUGGACAGACGAGGUUCCAAAAAAUGGGGGGGGGAUUUGUAGAACAUAUUUGCUAUCAUAAUUGGGGCGAAACGUUGGUUGCCUUGAAUUCAGAUCUCAUUUUUUUCUCUUUU